UUUGACUCUUCUUUGAUAAACAACAAUGGCGAGAGUUUCGUGCUAACAAGGUUGUUCCUCUCGUUAAAUAAUGACCUCUGAACUUUAACCUCCCGGGUCAUGGAGCUGACCGGCACCUUCGUGUCGACCCUGGCGGAGCUCCGGGAAUUCCUGGCCCACACCGACAAGCUUGUCAUCGUCUACUUCUACACGGAGUGGUCGCCGGCAUGCCGCCGGAUCCGGUUCGAGUUCAUGCAGGCCGAACUCCGGAACCCGGACGCCAUGUAUCUCGCGGCGAACAUGGACAAGGCCAAAGCGAUGGCGGCGAAGCUGGACAUUAACCUGGACAACAUCCCCGCCAUUGUGGUGUUCAAAAAUGGGCGGCAACUCUACACGGCGACGCUGAUCACGGCUCAGGAGUUCAACAAGAUGGAUUACUCCGUGCCGGAAGAGGAAGUGCUGUCGGUGUCUGACGUCACUGAGGUGUCGAAUCUUGAUUUGCAGAAAACUUAAGCCGG